AUGGCCACGGAUCUCAAAGCGAACGGGCUGUCCAAUGGCGACAGCAAAUAUCCAAUGGAAGACGUUGACACGAGCGCCAAGGAUAAGCUCCUGGCCGAGGCAGGCGCAGCAUUGCCGCCUCCUGGGCACGCGAGGAGGGAGAGCACGUCAGAUCAAGUGAAGAAGCUUCACCCCGGUGUCGUCAUCGCCAUAUGGAUCUCGCUGUCCUCGUCGGUCAUCUUGUACAACAAGGCCAUCCUCGACAAGCAACGACUCAAUUUUCCUUACCCAAUCUUCCUGACGACUUUCCACUUGACGUUUGCGACGAUCGGAACUCGCAUCUUGCUCAAAACCACGCAUUUGCUCGAUGGCUUGGCCAACGUGAACAUGACAUGGGAUCGGUGGAUCAAGUCUAUCUUGCCCAUCGGCGCACUCUUCUCAGCCUCGCUCAUCUUCUCCAACAUGGCCUACCUGACACUAUCAGUCUCGUUCAUCCAAAUGCUCAAGGCGUUCACUGCAGUCGCCGUGCUGGGCAUGUCGAUUCUCAUGGGCCUCGAGACAUUUACCCAGAGGACGUUCUUCCUCGUGCUGUUCAUCUCGUCCGGCGUAGCACUCGCCUCAUACGGCGAACUCACAUUCGUGCUUUCGGGCUUCAUCUUCCAGACGCUGGGCGUCAUCUUUGAAGCCUCGAGACUCGUGUCGAUCCAAAAGCUACUGCACGGCAUGAAGAUGGACCCGCUCGUGUCGCUCUACAUGUUUGCGCCGGUCUGCGCAGGCAUCAAUGCCCUCAUCAUUCCCUUCACAGAGGGCACAGCGCCUUUCGAGCUAGCCUGGGAAAGACUGGGCCCCUUCAUCCUGCUAUCGAACGCCUCUGUUGCGUUCCUGCUCAACAUCUCUGUCGUCUUCCUCAUCGGCUGCGCAUCAUCGCUUGUGCUCACGCUCUCAGGAGUUCUCAAGGAUAUCUUGCUCGUUACGGCCUCUGUUCUUCUCAUGGGCAGCUCGGUCACCAUAACACAGCUAGCAGGAUACUCCAUUGCGCUGACCGGAUUGGUACUCUUCAAGACGAAGCCAGAGAUCGUAGAUCAGAUCAUGGAUGGCGCAAAGAAGCUCGUCGGUCGAUAG